ACUCUUAUUAUCGUUUCGGCGCGCCAUGCGCAUCGGUCGCGGGUCAUCUUGCCGAGGUGCCGAUUCCUGCGAGGCUGUGAAUUGUAAAUCGUGAAUUUAUUGUGAUGUUGAAUUAUUACAACUUUCAUGCGAUAGAUUUUAUUUUCAAGAAUCUAUUAAAUUUCGAAAUCAAAAUAAUAUAAAUAACGGUAUAGGUACAAUUAAGGUUAGUCACUUAAUAGAAACGAGAUUGGUGUGAACUUGAUAGUUGGACAUUUUGGACGAAAAUGUUUGGCAAAUAAAGGCAGUAGAAUGGAUUCUGAAAUGGAAACAUCAGACCAAGAAGAUAGCCCAUCAAAAUCAAAUCGAUACUCAGAUGAGGAAAACGAAAUUGCUUUAACAUCUAAAGGUUUCAAUUACAGAGGAAUAAAUGAACCUUACUCAAAUUUGAUGCAAUUAGAUGAAUCUACAAUGGAUGUAUCGUUGGUUGUGAAUAACCAAAAACUAAAUGCCCACAAAACCGUUUUAGCUUCAAAUAGUGAUUAUUUUGAUAGAAUGUUUGACAGUUAUUUUAAAGAACGGUUUCAAGAUAAAAUAGAAAUAAAUAUAACUGAUGUUAGCUUUGAUAUUUUGAGUAUACUUGUUCAAUUUUUUUACACAUCAGAAAUAUAUAUUACAGAAAAUAAUGUUCAGGAUCUAUUGAUUAGUUCUAGUAUAUUUUUACUAGAUGAAGUCCAAAAUGCUUGUGUUAACUACAUAAAAAAGAUAAUUGACACAGAAAAUUGCAUAGAUAUGAAAGAUUUAGCUAAUACACUAGGAUUAAAUGAUCUUUAUUCUUUAUGCAUGACUUAUAUAAUAAAUAAUUUCAGACUUGUAGCUAAUACUAAAGAGUUUAUGGAGACUAAUUUUGAUGAAAUACUAGUGUUACUCAAGAAUGACGAUUUAUUUGCUAAAGAAGAAAUGGUUUAUGAUGUUGUUAUGAAUUGGAUAAAACAUGAUCCUGCAACCAGAUCCAAAUAUUCAUCAGAAUUAUUAUGGUAUGUUCGAUUGCCAUUAGUUCUAAAUACUUACCAAGGAAUCAUCAAGGUUCAUGAGUUUCAAGGUGCUAAACUUAAUGAAAUUAGUUCUUUUCGAAUGGAGCAUCGAAGACCAUUUAGAAAAGGCAUAUUAGUGCUAAGUCAUUAUCCAUUUGAAUCAACUCCAGAGUGGUAUGAUGCUGCCUUUGAUCAAUGGCAGACUUGCAUGUGUGAAAAUUGUCUUUGUAAAACCUUUCAAUAUCGCUUAUUACCUCCUAGGACUUUGUGUACAGUGGUUUUACUCGAUAAAAAUAUUUUAUUUGCUGCUGGAGGUUCUAGAUAUGGUAGUGGAAUGAAAUUGGCAAACAUGUUUGAUUUGAAAACAAACAAAUGGAUAUCCUUAAUUGAUAUGAAUUUUGAACGUCUUAAGCCAUAUAUAAUACAGCUUGAAUCAUAUGUUUAUGUGAUUGGCGGUUGCACUUCUGAAAAACAAAAUGCCAGUGUUAUAGAAUAUUAUGAUUUAAAUAAAAAAGCGUGGUAUGUCGUUUAUUCUGAAAUCAACCAUAUUGAAACAUUUAAAAAUGAUACUUAUGUUGCUCGCGUUAAAGGAUUAAUUUACAUAAUUGGAAAGACUGAAGCUGGAUAUUAUGAUCCUCGUAAUAAUAAGUGGAAAUAUAUUGAUCCAAUACCUGAGUUUAAUAAGGGUUCAGCAGUUUGCACAUUAAAUGGAAAUAUUUAUAUUAUUGGUGGUCAAUGUUUGGAAAAUUAUUACAAAACUGUAUGGGCAUACUGUACUUUAACUGAAGAAUGGGUAUCCUUAGCCGAACUAAAUUUUGCUAGAUCAUAUUCUGGUGCUGUAGCAAUGAAUGGUAAUAUUUAUUUAUUUGGAGGAAAAAUGAUAGAUACGUCCAGUUCAAAUAUAUUUGAAAUAUAUAAUCCUCAUGACAACAAAUGGGUAACAUCAAAUGCGUUUAUGAAAAAGGAUCGAUGUCACAUUGAUGCAAUUGUUAUUGACAAAAAUUCGUUAUUGUUUAGACAAGUGUUUGAAGAAUCAACUAAUACUAUUAUUCAUUAAAAAGUGACUGUGAGUUUAUUUAAAACUAUUUAGUAUUAUUUAGUGAGAAGUGUAUAGGUUAUAUACAGAAAAAAAAUUAUUCCUUUAUAUUAAAUAUUAUUGUUUAUUUAUAAAUUACAUAUUUUAAGUUUAUAAUUUUAACCAUUCCUUUGUUGAAUUUAUAACAUUUUAAUUUAAAUUCUUUCUAUGUAAACUUGAAACUAUUAUAAGAUUUUUUUAUUUUAAAUAUAGUAGAAAGUAAUUGUUACAUUAUUCUAUAAGAGCAUAUUAUAUAAAAUAGUCAUGGUGCUUCUUAAUGUAAAUGUUUUAUGAAUCGCUUAUAGCAAAAAUUUAAUAAUUAUUUUGUACAUUAAAAACAUUCAUGGUAUAUCUAUGUAAUCUACAUUGGUUGUAGAAUAAUAUUCAGUAAUAUAAAUCGACAAGUGAGGUAUAAGAUAUUGUGAGUUUACUCCGUAUGAAAUAAAUAAAUAGAUAAGUAAAAUAUAUGAAUUAUAAUAAUUGCUUACUAUAGAAAUAGGACAUGUCAAAUUAUUUUAAAUAAUAAUUAAAAAAAAAAAGAAUACAAAAUUAAUUGUUUUUAAAAUGACUGAUGAAAUAGUUUGUAAAAAUCUAAUUUUAUUAUAUUUUAAUUAAUACAUGUAUAUCAUUUAUAUUUUACUUAAGAUAUUUUAAAUUCAGAUUCCAAUAGCAUUAGACUUAUUAUUUAUUAUAUUUUUACUUAUUGUAUUGUUUGUACAAUUUUUAAAUUAAAUCUUCAUUAGUUUUCAUGUUUCCAAUGAAAUUACAAAGUAUUUAAAAAUAAGCGAUUCAAAUUUGAACAUUUUAUAUAGAAGCAGCUACACUAAGUUGCUGUUAUAUUAUGAUUCAAGCCCAAACAUCAAUAUUAAUGUUUUUGUUUCGUUGUUCAUUUUCCUAAACAUAGACAUAUUAGUGUGCUAUUUUAUAAUUUAUUAGACUAUUGUAGAAUUGUUUGUUACAGCUUACAAUAAUUAUAAAUUAUUUUUAAUAAUUAUUAAUAAAUAUCAGUAUACAUAAUUAUUUUUAAAUAAUAUUUCCACGGGCAUUACAGUUAAUUCUUUUUAUAUAAAAUUAUAUAACAAUACCUAACUUUUUACUUUAUUCAAUUAAUGCUUUAUUUUUAGUAAAUAAGUGUACAAAUACACUAGUGUGUUAUACAUGUUUUAUUGUAUAAUUUCAAGUAUAACAUAUGUUUUAUAGCUUAGAUAUUGUCAUCCUAAAUUGUACCUGUUCAAAAUUAUCUCAUUAAUAUUAUAUACAUUUUUAAUAUCACAUUUUUUUAUAAUUUAAAUUAAUUUGUUUUGUAUAUUUUUUUAUUGAAUUUGUGAAAUAAUACAUUUCUAUUGUUUUUAAACUGAAUUAGUUUUAAUUGUCAUACAAUAGAUAGUACCUUUGUAUUUUUUUUAUUUCUUGGUUAUAUACUUGUGUAAGCAUAUACUUCUGUGUCAUUUUAGUAUUUUUAAUUAUUAUUAUUGUAUUUGUUUUAUAACUAAAUUAUACAUUCAAUGUUUAUUUCCAUCAUUACUUGAGUCAGUGGUGGUAUAAAAAGUAAAUAAAUGAGUGGGUCACCUCCUCCAGUCUUAGUGAAAAUGUGUAAUUAUAUAUACUUUCUUCAUGUUAAGAAGGAACUUUGGUGGUUGACUUGUGCAUGGGGCAUGACUUCACUACAUGGUACAAAUAUGAAUGGAUGACUGUGGAAAUGACAGAUAAGCAUUUCCUGAUCACUGUCGACAAAAUUUGGCUGCUACUGAAAUUCCUUCUUAACAUGAAUAGAGUGUAGUAACUAAUUGUCACCAAAACAUAAAACAAUGAUUAAUAAUUAAUAUAAAUAAAAGUUAUUUCAUUUCAAGUUUAUUCAUAUGUUUGUAUAAAGCUGAAUUUCUACAACACGCAUACUUGGCCAAUAUUUGAUAAUUAUUGUUCUCUGGUAAUGUUUUCGAUGAUUUUUAGUGAUUUUGAUACAAGUUUAAAGAACAACCAGCACAUGAAUAAUUAUAUUUAAAAAAUAUGCCAGUCGUUAGAACGCUUAAAAAUUACUUGAUCAUUUGAAAGAGUGAAGUACAACAGCCUCCGCCCCCUAGGAAACCAGCAUAAUACUUUCAUAGUUCAUACAAUUACUUCUAAUGUAUUUAUAACGGAAUAAAACUAAAAUGUUUAUAUAUAUACAAAAUAUUUUUACUACUUUAAUAUGCGCCACCCCUGACUUGAGUAAGAUACAUUGCUAUUAUUUGAUAAUGAAGUUCUGCAUACAUUUUGAAUACCUAUACUUUUAUAUUAUAAUAAUAUGAUGUAUUAGUUUUGUAAAUGAAAGUAUAAAACUACUAAAUUUGUUUGCUUGUAAUAUGUGAAUAGUUGUGUUAAAAUGAAACCGGUUUUUUCGAUUUUUGGUAUCAACGAAAAAAGCAAUAAUUCAUUAAUUUGUAUAAAAAUAGAAAUGAGUUAAUAUGUUUAUAAAAACCGUAAAAGCCUGAAUUUAUGAACAGAUUUAAAAUUAAGCUAACUACUUGUUGUGUGAGACUGAUAUCAAUUUACCAUCCUUAAAAAUAAUAAAAACAAUUUUAAGUUGUUAAAAUGUAAACAAUAUGAUAAUCAAGGUUUUUUUUAUUGUAAUCCAACAAUUAUUUGUAUUUAAAUAUUAAUACGUGGUUUUUCCAACAAAUGUAAAUUUUUGUUAAUUCAAAAACCUAAAUGUGAAAUAAAAAUCUAUUAUCAAAAUAGU